AUGGCAUGUGAUUUGAGUAUGGAGAGCAUGCACUGUAUGCUACUGGGUGGGAAGAAGAGCACAGAUGUCCCCCUGGAGGGCUACCUGCUCAGCCCCAUUCAGAGGAUCUGCAAGUAUCCUCUGCUGUUGAAGGAGCUUUUAAAGCGGACCCCUAAGAAGCACGCUGACUAUCCGGCAGUGGAGGAAGCUCUGCAGGCCAUGAAGGCCGUCUGCUCCAACAUCAAUGAGACCAAGAGGCAGAUGGAGAAACUGGAGGCUCUGGAACAGCUGCAGUCCCACAUCGAGGGCUGGGAGGGCACCAACCUGACAGAUAUCUGCACAGAGUUGCUGCUUCAUGGAAAUCUCCUUAAAAUCUCAGCAGGCAAUAUCCAGGAACGCGUCUUCUUCCUGUUCGACAACCUUUUGGUUUACUGUAAGAGGAAGUCCAGGGUUUCUGGAAAGAAGUCCACCAAGAGGACCAAGUCUAUCAACGGUCCCCUCUAUGUGUUCAGAGGCCGAAUCAACACCGAGGUGAUGGAGGUGGAAAAUGUGGAAGAUGGAACAGCGGACUAUCACAGCAACAACUACACGGUGACUAACGGCUGGAAGAUCCACAACACUGCGAAAAACAAGUGGUUUGUCUGCAUGGCCAAAAAUGCAGAAGACAAGCAGAAGUGGCUGGACGCCAUCUUGAGAGAACGGGAGCAGAGAGAGAGUCUCAAACUGGGAAUGGAGCGGGACGCCUACGUGAUGAUUGCAGAGAAGGGGGAGAAGCUCUACCACAUGAUGAUGACCAAGAGUCGCCACCUGAUUAAAGAUCGACGCAGGAAGCUCAGCAUUGUGCCCAAGUGCUUCAUGGGAAAUGAGUUUGUGUCGUGGCUGAUAGAGAGCGGAGAGAUCAGUAAGUCUGACGAAGGGGUCAACCUGGGACAAGCCUUGCUGGAAAAUGGCAUCAUUCACCAUGUGUCAGACAAGCACCAGUUCAAGAACGAGCAGGUGUUGUACCGAUUCCGCUACGACGACGGCACCUACAAGGCCCGCAGUGAGAUGGAGGACAUCAUGUCAAAGGGCGUGAGGCUGUACUGCCGCCUUCACAGCCUCCACACGCCUGUCAUCAAGGACAGAGACCACCAUCUGAAAACCUUCAAAUCGGUUAUUCCUGCCAGCAAACUGGUUGACUGGCUACUCCUGCAGGGAGACUGCUCGACCCGAGAGGACGCUGUGACGCUGGGCGUGGGGCUCUGCAACAACGGCUUCAUGCACCACGUGUUGGAGAAGAGCGAGUUCAAAGACGAGUCCCAGUUCUUCCGUUUCUACGCGGACGAGGAAAUGGAGGGAACGAGUACCAAGAGCAAGCAGCUCCAGCGCAAUGACUUCAAACUCAUUGAGAACAUCUUAGCCAAGUCCCUGGUGAUUCACCCAGAGGAGGAAGACUACGGCUUUGAGAUUGAAGAGAAAAACAAGGCCAUUGUGGUCAAGUCUGUCACCAGGGGCUCACAUGCUGAGGUAAUGUGGGUGCAAAUGUUGGCUUACUACUUGCCCGCACCGGGACUCAGGGUUCGAGUUAUGUGGGAGCCAAUGGGAGCUGAGUAG